AUGAGCGCUCCCCUCUGCUCUCCCCCUGCCCCGGCUCGGCCGCUCCGCGCGCUCCUCCGUUGCGCCCCGCCGCGGCCAGCGCCCCCCCUCGCCGUGGCCUCGACUGGCCGCGUCCAGUUCGGGCGCCCCGGCGCCCGUCGCCCGCGCCCGGCGACGCCCGCGGCCGCCCCUGCUUCGCCUCCGCCGCUCCGCGACCGGCUUCCCCGGGGCUCGGCCUCUGCCCCGCGGUGCCGCGCCCUGCACCUGGCCGUGCCCGCAGUCGCCUGGGUCACCGCCGUCCUGCGCCCCGCCGGGGACCGCCCUCGCCCCGCGGCCAUCCCCUGUGCCCGGGCGGGCCUCGCCCCGUCACCGCCCGCAUGCGCCACCACGACGCCUCCCGCCUUCGGCCGCCGCAGGCCCCGCCCCGCCGCACCUUGCUCACCGGCGGCGCGCCUUGGCCGCGGCCACGCCUCGGGCCGACCCCGACCCCGAUCCCGCGUCGCCGCCCGGAGGCCCUCGCCGUCGCGCUCGCCCCGCCGCCCGGAUCGCCGUCGCCACCGUAGCUCCCCGCCGGCCAGCAUCCUCUACGCCGCCGUCCCCGCCAUCCCCCUCGACCCCCGUUGCCACGAGCCCUACACCCCCAGUGAGCGCUCCCCACUCCUCUCCCCCUGCCCCGGCUCGGCCGCUCCGCGCUCUCCUCCGUUGCGCCCCGCCGCGGCCAGCGCCCCCCCCCUCGCCGUGGCCUCGACUGGCCGCGUCCAGUUCGGGCGCCCCGGCGCCCGUCGCCCGCGCCCGACGACGCCCGCGGCCGCCCCUGCUUCGCCUCCGCCUCUCCGCGACCGGCUUCCCCGGGGCUCGGCCUCUGCCCCGCGGUGCCGCGCCCCGCACCUGGCCGUGCCCGCAGUCGCCUGGGUCGCCGCCGUCCUGCGCCCCGCCGGGGACCGCCCUCGCCCCGCGGCCAUCCCCUGUGCCCGGGCGGGCCUCGCCCCGUCACCGCCCGCAUGCGCCCCGCGGCGCCUCCCGCCUUCGGCCGCCGCAGGCCCCGCCCCGCCGCACCUUGCUCGCCGGCGGCGCGCCUUGGCCGCGGCCACGCCUCGGGCGUGUGCUCGCGAGCCCUGGCGGGCUGAGGAGAAGCUCACGGUCAGUCGGCACACGCGGAGCAUUGGCUUGAGGAUAUUCCUUUGA